AACUUGAAAUGGAGCCACGCAGGCAGAAACAGAGCACACUGUCCACGCAGCUCGCAGCUCGCAGCAGCAGUGAAAACAGGAAAUUAGCGUUUGAACAGCUUUUGCUAAGCUGUAGAUACUGAAACUGAGAGACCGGAUGAGGCAAUGAUUGCUCGUUUUCGCUGGCCGUCCAACGCCAUUGUUUCAUUGCAUGAAAAAGCUCCUAACCUCUCGUUUGGAUAUAUGAAGGGCUUGCUGUUGCUAGUAGUUGUAGUAAAGUUGGUGCUAACUGAGGAAACUUUGCAAAGAACCGAGGAUGAUUUGCAGAAAUUGACCGUAAAUGAUCGACUGAAGCGAGAAAUUCCUGCUGAAACUAACCAACCUAGCACCCCAUCAAUUGGCAAGCGAAUUAUCAACAAUAACCCUCAAUGGGGAAGCUUUAAAUGGCACGCGAUCAUCGGUAGAACAACUCUUCCCUUUUAUUGUGGUGGCUCCUUAAUAUUGCCUCAGUGGGUCUUGACAGCUGCUUCUUGCUCUGCGCCACGCUAUGAAAUUCGAUUGGGUGAAAUUGUCAUCACUACUCAGCCUCCUGAUCCUGGAUCUGGCCGCUAUCUGUUAAUAGCAACCUAUACGAUCGUUCAUGAGCUAUACGACAGCACAUCUCACGCCAAUGACAUCGCUCUGAUUAAGCUCCCAACGGCCGUCAACUACACAGAUUCUGUCCAACCUAUUCGACUGCCAUUUAUGACAGAUGCAUAUGAUGAUUCAUUUGGUGAAUCGGCGAGAGUCACUGGUAACGGCCAAUAUGAUGACGCUUUUCUUGGAAUAAGGCUUAACCUCAUGAAUACUGAAGUGACAGUUAUCAACAACACACAAUGUGCGUCUUACUACGGCAGUGACAUCAUUACUCAAUCAAUCAUCUGCACUUUCCAAAAUGGCACAGCGCCGUGCACAGGUGACGAAGGAGGCCCGUUGGUCUACACAGGCCCUCGCAACGACCAGGUCCAGAUUGGCAUUGUCUCGUUUUAUCCAUUCGGAAGCUGCUUAGCCGGCCCGACAGGCUACACCCGCGUCUCGUCCUAUCUUGAUUGGAUUUCAAAAAUGACUGGACAAGAUUUUUCGGGUACAACCACAGCUUUUCCGCCCAGUAAAACAACUACGAAAAAAACCACAACAAUUAAAACAACCACUACAAAAAAGCCGACAACCACAAAAACUACAACUACCACUACCAAGAAACCUACAACAACAAAAACUACUACCACCAAGAAACCUACAACAACAAAAACUACAACCACCAAGAAACCUACGACGACAACUACCAAAAAACCGACAACUACAAAAACCACUACAUUGAAAACUACAACUACGAAGAAAGUGCUAUCAGGUUGAAAUAAUCGUCAAUAUUAAUCAUUUCUGAAGCAAUUUCUCUUUUAUGUGAUUCCUAUUUGGUUAUUAUUGAAUAAAAUUUCAUAUGAAAUAA